AUGAGUUCUCCAGAAGCAGCGAACGAAGGAACUACAGCUCAGAUCUCUGCGCCCUUCGAUGAUACCAAGGAAGGGAAACCCGGAUUUGAAACCAACGUCGUCGCGGCGGAAGCGGACGAUUUCCCAGACGGAGGUCUCCGGGCGUGGUUGGUUCUCUCGGGGGCGAUGUGCAUCACGUUCUCGACAUUCGGCUAUGUGAACGCUUGGGGGGUUUUCCAAGCAUAUUAUCAAGAGACGCUCUUGAAAGAUUCAUCGACGUCGAGCAUCGCCUGGAUAGGUUCCAUCCAAUAUGCUCUAAUCUUUCUUCCCGGACUAGUCGUCGGCCGCCUAUUCGACUUGGGGUAUCUAAGGUCGAUGCUCCGGAUCGCCAGCGCUUUUCUUGUCGCGGCGACAUUUCUGAUCGCACAAUGCACAAAAUACUGGCAUUUCCUCCUCUGCCAGGGGAUUGUCAUAGGGUUAGCGUCGGGGAUUUGUUUCAGCCCUUCCACGGCAGUUCUUGCCCACUGGUUCAAGCGCAGACGGGGAGUUGCUUUAGGCCUUCUUGCGGUUGGAUCCUCUGUAGGCGGAACACUGUUCCCCAUUGUAGCUCGACUCCUCAUCACAUGCGUCGGCUUCCAAUGGACAAUGCGAAUCAUUGGCUUUAUUCUCGUCUGCAGUCUUUCCUUUGCCAACUUGACUAUCCAGCGCCGACUUCCCCCUACCAAUGUAUCGGGCGGGUUGUUCAACCUCAAGGCUUUCAGAUAUGCCCCCUUUACGAUUUACUGCCUUUCUGGGUUUACGAUUUAUCUUGGGCUCUACACAGUGCUCACAUAUAUCGACCUCGCCGCCACUGCCGCUGGGGUAUCUCCUGACUUCUCCUUCUAUCUAGUCGCGAUCGCCAACGCAAGCUCCGGAUUCGGUCGAUUUGCAUCUGGAUAUGUAGCCGACUCGCAUGGUAUGUGCACGAUGUUUCACUUUCGUCGCCGAAGAUUUUGGUCGGUAGUGUACAAGAGCAUGCUAACGCCGAUUCCUGAAGGGCCAAUAAAUGCAAUGAUUCCGACAACUGCGAUUGCCGGUAUCCUCACUUACGCAUGGCCGUUCGCUCAGGACAAGAGUUCGUUGAUCGCUAUCGCUGUGCUUUAUGGAUUCUUUUCGGGGACAUACACAUCAUUGUUAGCCAAACCGAUGAUGGAACUUGGGGACACUGGAGAUGUCGGUCGUCGGCUAGGAAUGUUUAUGAGCAUUCUAGCGAUUGGCGCACUGAUAGGCCCGCCCAUUUCUGGGGCCAUAAAUACGGCUACUGGGGGAUUCCACGUUGUUGGUUAUUAUGCAGGUAGCGUCAUUUUGGUGGGGGUGUGCAUGUUGACGAUCUCCAGACAUCUGGUUUUGCGUCAGGUGUGGGGUAAAUUUUAA